AUGUCUGAGUUAGAUAAAGAAAUCAGUGAUUAUAACAUGAAGUUACAAAAAUUUGACACACUUGAUAAAUUCAAACAAUCGUAUAAAGAGAUGAGAGAGGAGCUGGAUAAAAGAGAAAAAGAGAUAAUCCAGACAAAGUGUUCCAAAAUGAAAAGAGACAUAAAAGACUUUGAAAAGGGAAAGAUAUUUACGUGGAAUGAUAAGCAGUCUAGACGAAGGCCACCCAAUAGUUUACCACCGUCAAAGAAUACACAUCAGUCAGAUUGUGAGUCUUCGGCGGUAGAAGACAGUGAUUCUGAGAAUAAUAUUAACAGACCCAGUAAACUGUCUAUAUUAGAGGACACAAUACACAUCGAUCAGCACCACAUCCUCCAGAAGAAUUUCCGCAAACCACAGAAGCUCAACACUCGUCUUGUCUUCUCAAGCUUCAGACAAGCAGUGGGGGGCAGGAGAGGGGCAGCACCAGGAUCAGAAGAUGCUCACUCAGGGCAGGAAGCACAUCAGGAAGCAGCUGCUAUGACAACAGGAGACAUGCUGGCAAUUAUCUUUGGCAUUCUCUUCAUGGUGACAGCUGUUGCAUUCUUUGUUUAUGUGAGAAGAAGCAAGAAACAGAGGUCAGGAUCUGAAAAUAAAUCAAAUGUUAUCUACAAAGCUGCAACAACAGAAGAGAACCUUGCAUAGAGACACAGGAGAGAGCAAUGUACACUAGAGACUGUGGGCAUACAAUAUAGAGUGAACUGCAGACCAUGGGCCAUAAAAUAUAGGGUGCACUGCAGACCAUGGGCCAUAACAUAUAGAGUGCACUGCUGACCAUGGACCAUAAGAUAUAGAGUGCACUGCUGACCAUGGCCCAUAACAAAUAGAGUGCACUGCAGACCAUGGGCCAUAACACAUAGAGUGCACUGCAGACCAUGGGCCAUAACAUAUAGAGUGUACUGCUGACCAUGGGCCAUAACAUAUAGAGUGCACUGUUGACUUUGGGCCAUAACAUAUAGAGUGAACUGCUGACCAUGGCCCAUAACAUAUAGAGUGCACUGCUGACCAUGGGCCAUAACAUAUAGAGUGUGCUGCUGACCAUGGGCCAUAACAUAUAGAGUGUGCUGCUGACCAUGGGCCAUAACAUAUAGAGUGCAUUGCUGACCAUGGACUAUAACAUAUAGAGUGCACUGCAGACCCUGGACCAUAAGAUAUAGAGUGCACUGCUGACCAUGAACUAUAACAUAUAGAGUGCAUUGCUGACCAUGGACUAUAACAUAUAGAGUGCACUGCAGACCAUGGACUAUAACAUAUAGAGUGCACUGCUGACCAUGAACCAUAAGAUAUAGAGUGCACUGCAGACCAUGGACCAUAACAUAUAGAGUGCUCUGCAGACCAUGAACUAUAACAUAUAGAGUGCUCUGCAGACCAUGAACUAUAAUAUAUAGUGUGCGCUGCAGACCACAGACCAUAACACGUAGAGUGCACUGCUGACCAUGGGCCAUAACAUAUAGAGUGCACUGCUGACCAUGGGCCAUAAUAUAUAGUGUGCGCUGCAGACCACAGACCAUAACAUGUAGAGUGCACUGCUAACCAUGGGCCAUAAUAUAUAGGCCUCUAGUUAUCAAGCUCCGGACGUACCUGCCAUCGCCGGCCCCAAUACACCCGGCUAAGCUCCCCUACCAUCGCCGCCGCAGACCUGAAUACGUUCGCCAAAGUUAUCAAAAAAGCUGUCAAAAAGCCGCGCACCAAGUAUGGGGCGAUGAGUAGUGGACUAUGAUAGUUAUCACUCAUCCGAUCUCGCUGCUCUUCGACUUUCUUACAGCUUUAUUGCUAAGCUGUCACUAAGCACUCACACUAACUAUACUGUUCUACCCCCUAUACCGGAGCCCCUCACAACUAAAUAAAGUUAUUAACCCCUAAUCCGCCGCUCCUAGACCCCGCCGCAACUAUAAUAAAUGUAUUAACCGCCGCCACCUACAUUAUACCUAUUAACCCCUAUCCUGCCCUCCCUAUACCGCCGCCACCUAUAAUAAAGUUAUUAACCCCUAUCCUGCGGAUCCCGGACCCCGCCGCAACUAAAUAAAUUGUUUAACCCCUAAACCGCUGCUCCCGGACCCCUCCGCCACCUAUAUUAAACUUAUUAACCCCUAAUCUGCCCCCCUACACCGUCCCCACCUAUAAUACAUUUAUUAACCCCUAAACCUAAGUCUAACACUAACCCUAA